GGUCGGUCGGUGGAUCCAUCGAUCCAUCUAUCGAUCCAUCGAUCGGAUGUGGGUGUGCCCCCCGGGGGUGUCGGGCCCGGGGCCCCGGGCGUGGUCCCCGGGCUGAGCGCGAUAUGCUGCCCGGCCGGCGGCGGGCGCGGAGGAGGGGGGCGGACCCCGCCCGCAGCCCGGACCCCGCCAACGCGGACUGGAUGGGAGCCCUCCCGCCCGCCCUCCGCCACACCGCCCUCGCCCACCUCGCCAUCCCAGGUUCCCACGACUCGUUCAGCUACUGGGUGGACGAGAAGUCCCCGGUGGGGCCCGACCAGGCUCCGGCCGUGACGCGUCUGGCCCGGAUCUCCCUGGUGAAGAAGCUAAUGAAGAAGUGGUCGGUGACCCAGAACCUGACCUUCCGGGAGCAGCUGGAGGCUGGCAUCCGCUACUUCGACCUUCGGGUGGCAUCCAAGCCGGGGGAGGCCGGCCGGGAGAUCUACUUCGUCCACGGCCUGUUCGGGAUCCGGGUGUGCGACGGGCUGGCGGAGAUCGGCGGCUUCCUGGCCCAGCAUCGCCGGGAGGUCGUCUUCCUGGACUUCAACCACUUCUACGCCAUGGAGGAGGCUCACCACGACUACCUGACGGGCUGCAUCCGGGAAGCCUUCGGGCCCCGCCUCUGCCCACCUCGGAGGGUGGAGGACGUCACCCUGCGGGCCCUGUGGGAGCAGCGCUGCCAGGUCCUCGUGUUCUAUCACUCGCCUGUGGCCAAGCAUCACCCGUUCCUGUGGCCGGGCGCCAGGAUCCCGGCGCCGUGGGCGAACACGACCAGCGUGCGUAAGCUGCUUCUCUUCCUGGAGACCACCCUGGGGGAACGGGCCCCCCAGGGCACCUUCCACGUGUCCCAGGCGAUUCUCACCCCCCGGGUCAAGACGAUUGCCCGAGGCCUGGUGGGUGGCCUGAAGAAUACACUGGUUCACAGGAACCUCCCCGUGAUCCUGAGCUGGGUGAAGACCCAGAAACCGGGAGUCCUCGGGGUGAACAUCAUCACCUCCGACUUUGUGGAUCUGGUGGACUUCGCCACGACGGUCAUCGAGUUGAACAACCUCCUUUUGCAAGGGGACCGGGCUCUGGCCAAAUGCUGACCUGGCUUUCGUUGGCCUGAAGUGGCGGUCCCCCCUCCGGGUUGGGGCCAUGAUGCUCCCGUUCCCCUCUGGCCGGGUGGGAUUCUGGGAUUGGAUGAGAAGACGCCGUUUCUCCCACCGUCGGGGUUAACCGGGAGCUGGUCGGGGUGUUUCUGGGAUUUUCGGGGUGCCAGGGGAAGAGUUGGCCACCGUGUCUGAGUCUGAGGCCCACCUUCCUCGCUGUUCUUCCCAGCGGCCCCGGCUCUGCCUCGGCGGGUCUUGGGGGUCUUCCGGCCCGGCCUCGGGGUGCCGGCAGGGAAAAGGGGGCCGGGAGGUCUCCCACCCCCAGCUCCGAAUGGUCCGCUCUGCCACCGCUGCUGCGUCCCACAUCUCAGCAAGGCCCGGGGACCCCAGCGUGAGUCCCAUGAUGGAUGGAUGAUGGUUGGAUCCACUGCUGCUGCUGCUUUUUGGCCAGGUGGGGCCCGGCCCGGCCCUCCAGACCCGUCGGACGGUUCUCCAUUUGAGCGUGGUCUCCCCGCCCUCCGUGCCGGCAUCCUGGAGGAGGUGGGGCUGACCGGGGGCAUCGUCGUCCGCCAAGUUAGGAGGACGUGAGGCCCCCCCAACCCGGUUCUUCCUCCCCCGCCAGACUCCAUGGUGCCGGGGAGAUUGGCUCCCGUCAAGCGGGGUCUUCAAACCAGAUUCUGGUUGUCCCGGGUUGCCCUGACCACCGCCAAGAAGGGUCUUCGCCAGGCAGGCCUGGAAGCUGUCCCCCCUGCCCCAUCGCCCCUUGAUUCGGCAAGCACAAGACAUCCGUUCCAAGGACGCCCCCCCACCAGACUACCUCGGAGAUGUGGGAUCUCCUUGUGCCCAUCAAAGGGCCUUCCCAGCCUCGCCCGUCCCUCAGUCCCUUUCUGCUCGCCGAUAUCGUUGGAGUUCACCGCUGGAAGACAGUGAACCUGUCUUAGGCCGUGGGAUGUGAAGGAGCAGCUUUGUGGAGGAGAAAACCUUCCGACUGACUGAUUGAUUUGUGUUUCCACGGCCACUCUGUGUCCCGGAGGGUUCUUGGGAACCCCCAGUCCAGGGCUGGGCUACUGGGCCCAGGCACGGAAGCCAGCCGUGAGCGGAGACGGGGUGGGAGACAGUCGGCAGAUGCCUUGGGACUCUCAAUCCAGCUGCUCACAGAUCGGGUAUGUUCUGGGGAGUUCCCCGUACCCGUGUCGCACCCUCUACCCUCCCCACUUCUAUCCACCCAAUCCCCCCAUGUCCAGGUCCAGACAACCUCCAUUCUGUCAGUGUUAGAAGCGGCUAGUGGCCUCUCUGGGCUCCCCAGAAGCCCCUCCAUCCCUGCCACCCCUCUAGAGCUGAGCCAGCCCCUGGGUCUCGAGGUCCCCAGCUCCAAGGGGUCAGCUGCAGCCAGGAGAGGACAGAGGGCAAGCCCAAAGACCUCGUCUUCCCUCCCGGCUUGCCGGCUCAGACUCCGUGAUGAGUCCUGGCCCUGCCAUGCCCAGCAAUGGGUGUCAGAUGUGUACGAGGACCCCAGAGGGCCCUUCCGCCCUCCCUCUCCCUCUCUGAUGUUUCUGUGAGCAACUGAGAUGGAAAGGUAGCUUCUUUGCAGGUUCUGAUGUGUGAGAAGCCAGUAUAGAAGCAGAGCCGGAAGCCCAGGAAGCAGCGCCCAGCCUUGCUGGGGGGCGUCUGCCAAUCCCAUCCGGGCUGCCGGGGCCUGGGAAUCAUGGACGGGGACAACUUGGUGCUAAAAAGGGAGUUAGAAUCCAAUGGGCAGAACCUCGCUGAGAGAGGGGAAGUGGCCUCCCUCCGUGCCCCUGUACGCAAGCCACACCAGCCACAGGGCCCCGAGGGCCGGGUUGCUUCCCACCAAGACCCCCCCCGCGCCUCAAACCCGGCUUCCCGGGUCUCGGCGCUGGCCGGAAACUGGAGAUCGCGAUCCCGGUGUCUUUGCCAACCAGCUCCGACGCCCUUGACCCUGCAGAGCGGAGAGCCCCCCCCCCACCCCGCUUCAGGGGGAACCCUGUUGGGUGGGCGAUGCCCUGGGGCAUUUUAAAGCCCGCUCCAUUCUCAGCCUGUGUAGAUUUAGUUGUUGGAUUCUGGGUGAUUUAUUUGUAUUUAUUUACCUAUUUAUUUAUUUAUUUGUAGUUACACUGUUCUGUCUCUUAAGACUGAUAUAUAUAUAUUUGUUAAUUUAUGGUGACCGUCUCCUCAGGCAGAGUAGAAUUUCCUAAAGGGCAGGGAUUGUAUCUUUGUCUUCUUCUGCAGGCCCUUCAAGGGCUUAGUAGUGCUGUGCAUCCAACAGGAGCCUGGACAACAUCUCUGUUGUCGAACGGCCCAAACUCCUGGUACAGUGCAUGGUUGCAUUCAGGAGGGGCUCAAGAAAUCCCCUCCCUCCCCCCAGGAAACACUCCCCAGGCAGUGCUCUGAACACAAGGAGGCCCACCCUGCUUGCCAUGUUGAUCCUAAUGGUGGGCCAGCGCUUAGUACAGUGCUCGGCAUAGAGUAAGCACUUAAUUUUAACAAAUACCAGUCGGA